CGCGAGUGGAGCAGCAUAAGCCAGAGGGGCUGUGUAAGAGUAGGCUAAGCCGAGGUUUCCGGGACGGGCAACUACUACGGCGACGAGAGCGAACAACACCACCUAAAUUCAAUAUACAACAAUAACUGUCAGCACUUCCUCUACUUCCACAUCAAGGUUAUUCUGUUGUCUAGUACUAUAUAGUCUGAUGUCGUUCUGUAGACCUGCACAGUUGUAAAUUCAACAGCAAAUCAUUCAGACCUCCUGAGAAUUAUUCAAAACUAAAUCAAAAUGUUCAAACUGGUCGUUUUAUUUGCUCUCGUAGCUGUAGCUUUUGCUCGCCCAGGAUACGUAGCGCCUUUGGCUUAUACGGCCCCUGUGAUAAGUCACUACUCCGCUCCAUUAGUCGUUAAAAGUGUACCCCAUGCCAUAUCUCACCAAUCCAGCACUGUAGUUCAUGGAGCAUCACACGUCAUUGCUCCUGUAGUUAGUCACUAUUCUGCUCCAGCUAUCGGCCACCAUUAUACUGCGCCAGUAGUCAGCUCUUAUGCGUCACCAUUGGUUUACGGCCAUCACGGCCUCGUACAUGGAUGGUAGUUUGCAGAUUAUGAAUUAUACUUGCCGUUUAAUACACCAAUUACAUUGGACUUAUCAUAAUCAAGAGAAAACGAGAUGUCUACAACAU